CACAGACGGUUACCCACAUUGCACUGGGGAUGGGGCACAUCUGCACAGAGCGAGCGUAAAAACUCCACUACUACAGAGGGACCUCAGUGCUGCCAGACACAGGACCAGCAGGAGGGCACAGCGGGGCAGGUGUGAUGACUCUUCAAACACUUGUUGCAACAUCUAACACUUCUCUAAUCCAGCCUGGGUUUUCCUUGUUUCGGUUUGGUCGCCAUGUCUAUUUCUUUGGUCAGAAAGGUUGGCCUAAGAGGGUAUGUCCAACAGGCCUGUUCCUGGUGGACUUGAAAGGAAAUGAGUUGAAACUACGACCUACUACAUUCACCAGUGAAUCUUGUUACCUCCCUCCGCUGAGACACCCAGCUGUGGCCAGCUUCCAUGACAAUCAAGGAGGUGAAGUCAGUCAAUAUCUCAUCCAUGGUGGAAAGACACCAAACAAUGAAAUAUCCCCAAAAUUGUACGUCAUGUCUAUUGUUCCGUCAGCCAACAAGAAAUCAGUACUUUGCUGUUCAGAAAAAGAUUUGGUUGGUGACCUUCCCGGAGCAAGGUAUGGUCAUUCCAUAAAUGUCGUCCACAGCAGAGGUAAAACUGCUGUGGUACUGUUUGGUGGAAGAUCCUUCAUACCUUUGAAUCAAAGGACUACAGAAAAAUGGAACAGUGUCACUGACUGUCAGCCAUUAGUUUACCUUAUUGAUCUUCAGUUUGGCUGUUCUACCGCUUACACCAUCAAAGAGAUACAAGAUGGGCGUUGUUUUCAUGUUUCAGUAUCAAGAACUGAUACGGUCUACAUAAUAGGUGGUCAUACCCUUGAAAGUAACAUAAGGCCUCCUAACAUCUACAAGAUUAAAGUGGACCUCCCACUCGGAAGUCCAAACAUAACUUGUACGGUUUUACAAAGUCAUCUCUCUGUCUCGAGUGCUAUCGUGACUCAUACCAGCCCAGAUGAAUUCCUGAUUGUUGGCGGAUAUGAGUCUGACAGCCAGAAAAGAAUGAUCUGUAAUAGAGUCUCCCUAAGUAAUGACACCAUCAACAUCCAAGAAGUGGAGACACCUGACUGGACAGGAGAUAUUAAGCAUAGCAAGACUUGGUUUGGUGCGGAUAUGGGACAUGGAGCUGUUCUUUUUGGAAUUCCAGGAGACAACAAGAAUCAGAAUUCAGACAGUAGCUUCUUCUUUUAUGUACUGAACCUUGGUGGAGAAGAAGUUUUGAUGCAGUCCUGCAGUCAAGGGUCUUUAGAAGAACAAGAAGACUCCAUGCCAUUAGAAGACUCAGAAGAGUUCACCUUCUUAGGAGAUGGAGUCUUUGAUGACACCUACAAUGAAGAUGACGAAGAAGAUGAGUCUGUGACGGGUUACUGGAUCACAUGCUGUGAUGGUUGUGACCUGAACAUUAACACCUGGGUCCCAUAUUAUUCCACAGAACUUAACAAACCAGCCAUGAUCUACUGCUCCAAAGAUGGAGGACAUUGGGUCCAUGCCCAGUGUAUGGACCUCUCAGAAAGCAUGCUAGUCUAUCUGUCUGAAAAUGAUAUCAAGUAUUUCUGCAAUGACCAUGCUAAAUUGGAAAGAAGUCUGCAAACUCCCAAAAAGAUGGUCCCUGUCUUGAAGCCAUCAAUGAAGAAAGUAGGUCGAAAAGCGUCUAUCAACAGAAUGUCAACAGUGAAGAAAUCUUUUCUCAGACGCUUGUUUGACUAAAGUCUUUGCUGCCUAGGAUUCUACAAAUAGCAAAUGUUGACCUCAGAUCCCGACAAGAUUUUCUGUGUUUUGAUUGGGUCGAAAUUUUGGCCAAGCCUGCUAGUCUCGGGGGAUCUUCUAGUGGAUUUAAAGGAGAACUCAAUAAAAAAAAUAACAAAAAUACUAUGUGUGUUGGAUCCUUUCAGGGUUGACUUUAUUAAACUAUAUGUGAGUCCAUUGAAUUGCAGUGCUAGAGUACAUUUUUUUAAGUUUCCUACCUGUGUGAACAGACCUGUGCACCCAAAAAUCCAUUGAAAGACCAAUAUCUGUCUACAACAACUGAUUAGUAGACAUGU